AUGGCGCUGCCUCUUCCACCCGGUCUGGUACCUACAGAGGUUGCCUUUCUCUGUGAAAUGGAACUGGUCACAAUCGUGCCGCGGCAAAGGCUCGAGUCCAUCCCGCUUCUCACAGGCGCAACACCAGUACUCCGACCACCUCACCGGGCCGACAUCCCCCUCUGGCUCGCACUGCUGCUCAAGAAGCAGAAACGCGCCAACAUUGUGCCGCCUGCCUGGCUUCACGCCGCCUCCCUCGCCGACAUUAUCCAACAUGAGACCACCGUGGACCCGGAGGCCUUUUCCCCGCCACCUCCCACCGUGAUGCGCUCCGACGGCCGCGGCGGUGCUCGGUCCUUUGGAAGCGACGGCAAGGGCGAUCUCGUUCUCUCCCCGCCCUUUCUGCCCUCGUGCGUUGCCGCCAGUCCCUCGGCCUACCUUCCCUACCACUGGCUCGAGCUCGCCGAGACCCUGCUCGCGCACGCCUCCGACGACAUACCCACCGCCGCCGAGGUCCGGACGCUGCUGCGGGACCUGCAAGAGGUGCGCGCCGCCAAGAUGCGCGGCAGCACGACGCAGCUCGAGGGCGGCGGCGGCGUCGUUGGCUUGCGCGGCGUCGGCGCCAUGGAGUUGGCCGAGAGCCGGGGCUUCGUCGUCGGCGUGGUGGACGGCGUGCGCAAGCUCGGCGCCAGCGUCGAGGCCACACGGCGCGAGGAGGAGGAGAGAGGCGGCGGGGAUGACGCCUUUGACGACGAGGACGAAGAGAUGGGCUUUGAGUAG